AAAUCGGAAUUACCCGAAGUAUUCCGGGGAUAACCGAACAGGGGAAAUCGUCAUGCUCUUGAAUGCGGUUAUGUCACAUCAACCCCGGAAGUGGGCCGUGGCGUUUGCAAAGUGAAAAACAGACUUUUGGAAAAUGUAGUUCAACCCCUCCCUUGUCCCGCCGCCUUCAACCUAAUCACGUGGCUCAUAAGACUACAAGUCCCAGAAAACCAAAGGAAAAACAAGAAAAAAAACAACAAAAACGCGCCAGUCAACCAUCCUUGUCUUACAUUAAACGUAUCCCUUUUUGGAGUGGGUUGGUCGAAUCGAGAGGACUAUUUCUCCAGUUGUGUGUGAUUGGCCAUUGUUAGAGUCCGUAUUUGCAGCUCAAAAUCUGAAAUUCGCCAGGCUGUUGUCAGUCACUGGCAUUUUUGCGUCUGUUUAUUUUUUUUGCAAACAGGGGGACCGGUGAGUUUUUGCGGGUUUUGCCAGCCGGUAUUUAGGGUACACCGAAGGGGCGAUGCCGGUGCAUUCGCGGGACAAAAAGGAAAGCAACCACGAAGAAAUGGAGGUGGACUACCCGGAGCAAGAGGGGAGCACUUCGGACGAGGAGGACACCGACAGCUCGUCCGUGUCUGAAGAUGGAGACAGUUCAGAGAUGGACGAUGAAGACUGCGAGCGGAGGAGAAUGGAGUGCUUAGACGAAAUGACCAACCUGGAGAAACAGUUCACGGACCUCAAAGACCAGCUGUAUAAGGAAAGGCUCAGCCAGGUGGAUGCCAAACUGCAAGAAGUCAUAGCAGGAAAGGCACCAGAGUACCUGGAGCCCCUGGCCACUCUGCAGGAGAAUAUGCAGAUCAGGACGAAGGUGGCAGGGAUUUACAGAGAGCUGUGUCUGGAAUCGGUGAAGAACAAAUAUGACUGUGAGAUCCAAGCGGCAUUUCAGCACUGGGAGAGCGAAAAGCUGCUCCUGUUCGACACGGUGCAGAACGAGCUGGAAGAGAAGAUCCGGCGCCUGGAAGAGGACCGCCACAGUAUUGACAUCACCUCGGAGCUCUGGAACGAUGAACUGCAGUCGAGGAAGAACAAGAAGAAAGAUCCCUUCAGCCCUGACAAGAAGAAGAAGCCCAUUGUCGUCUCCGGACCAUAUAUCGUUUACAUGCUGCAAGACCUCGAUGUACUUGAAGACUGGACUACGAUAAGGAAGGCAAUGGCGACUUUGGGGCCGCACAGAGUAAAGCACGACGUCCCAGCAAAGAGCGACAAACACCAGCACAGCGCGCGGUCGGAGGAGGGGCGCCUGUUCUACGACGGGGAGUGGUACAGCCGGGGGCAGACGAUAUGCAUCGAUAAGAAAGACGAAUACCCCACCAGUGCCAUUAUAACAACCAUUAACCAUGAUGAAGUGUGGUUUAAACGACUGGACGGCAGCAAAUCUAAGCUAUACAUUUCCCAGCUCCAGAAAGGCAAAUACACCAUAAAGCACUCUUAGUUAUCCCUGGGCCUGUGUUUCCUCCACGGGAAUGUGACAUCGUGCCAUUACGUCUGUCUUCUCAUGUUCUAAAGACCGUUUUCUGUUGUUAAACGCGGAUCCGUUUUGUUUUCUCGUUUCGGCGUGCCGCUGCUCUGUGAGGUGUUCGCGGGUAGCAGUCCCCGGGUUUUCAAACCUGCCGUCGUAGCGUCUGCGCUAGGCCGCCCAUCCCGCCAGAGAGGGGGAGAGAUGCUGCGGUCGCUGGGGAAACCGGGGAGAGACUUAGACUGGACUGCACUCCCUCCCUCCAGCAGCGAGCACUGGAAACUCCUCUCGAAGAGCAGCCUCUGUCUCCACUGCCAGUACGCGAGAGCGUGGGAAACGAAGAAGCAUACCCGAAUCUCAUUCUGGUGGCUGCUCUUGCUCGAUUUCGAUCUUGGCCGUACUCAGUGCCAGUCUCAAAGUCUCUCUAGCGUGUCUCCUCUCCUCCAUGUAAAGAGUCUUUCCUUUGCUUUUGAAGUGUUGAUAUGUUUACCUCAUACAGAGUACUGCUGCUCCUGGUUUCUUUUACGGUGUUCCUUCCAGUACAGUAUUAAAGCUUUCAGGCACUGGUCACCCGGCUCAUCGACCUCUGGAGCCUGUGUGAGGCAUCCGCAGUCCAGUCUGUGAAAAUGUGCAAGGGGAAUGGGAAAGGACGUUUCCAAUAUGUAAAAAGGGAUAAUUAAUGUAUCAAACAGGUUGAUGCAAAUACUGAACUUUGCCUCCCUUGUAAAUACCACAGGGCCUGUAUACAGUGCCAAACAAGUCGAGUAGGAUUCUGUCUACUGGGAACAAACUGAAUUGACCAUCUACAGGUCCCUAUUUUUCGGUCCUUAGGAAUCACAGGUUGAGUAGUCGUGUAUUGUCACAUACUUAUGUCGGUCUAGUUUUCGCCUUUUUUUUUUCUUUCAUGUUCGCGGUGUACGUUCUUGUGAACUAGAAACUGAGAAUGAGGUUUGCUUCUAUUUUAUAUGUGCAGGGUGACAGCAGAGGUUAAACGGAAAUGUUAACCCUACCCGACGGUUCUAGAGUACCUGCUGCACUGGACGUCUUGCAUGUAUUAAAAUACCACCUGACGCCUGUCAUGGCCAAUGUCCCUAUUAGCAGCAUGUGUACAGGACCCGUUACUCCUCCGAGAGUCCUGUUAUAUGUGUACUUUAAUCCUUUGCACCUGGUAAAGUACAGAGGAGAUGUUGUCUAAGGUAGUACCUGCCCUGUGCCACAUUAAAACCUUCAGAGCGGUGCACUCAAGACAUGCCAAAUUUCAAUUUAUUUUACCAUCGUGAAUACGAACGCAUGAAUGGACUUGAAGUGUAUGUUAAAGACGUGUUCAGUGGUACUCGAUUAAGGGCUGACUGGUUUCACUGCUGCUAUUCUCAGUAUGGUGAUGGCUGUACAAUAACUCCCCUCAUUCUGCAUUGCCUUUGUGUUAAGGCCCCGUGCUGUGCACAUUAUUUUCACUGGUGCCCCGCCACAGUGCACAGUGAGGCUGCAUCAGUUCAUGUGGACAUGGGUGUGACACCCAGGAUUUUUUACGCAUUACAAACUGCAAAUGUGACCCAGUGCAAUUCAGCAUGUAUCAGGUAUUUCAAAAUGUAUUGGGUAUUUCAGUAUGUAUUGUUAUUUCAAUAUGUAUUCAAUAAAAUGAAUGGGAAACAUGCAAUUUUGCAAAAGGUACAAAACUGUAAAA